AUGUUACCUGAUGAAAAUACGAGACUCCUAGAAAGAAGCUCCAGUUUGCAAAUUCCUACUUCAAGAGGUGGCUCUCCGGGACCAAGUAGUUCCAGCAGACUCAAACGGCCACCAUUGAUUUCAAUCCCCACAUCACAAUCGGUACGAAGCUUACGAAGCAUCAAUAAUGUUAAUGAUCCGUUAGUUAACUCAUACAUUUCAAAUAGGAGUAAAAAUGGUUAUUCCAGAGGUAAUAGUGCUACAGAUGAGCUUGAUGAGUCGAUCUUCAAAUCUAGGUUUUGGAACAAAUUUAAUCGGAUCGAGGCAGACGAUUCGUUUGAUUUUUACUCGUACGUUUCAUAUUAUUGCCCAAUUUUGAAAUGGUUGCCCAAUUAUGAUGCUAAGAAUAACUUUUUGGGAGAUUGUGUGGCUGGUUUAUCGCUAGCGAGUUUUCAAAUUCCGUUGGUCAUGUCGUUUAGUUUGUCUCUUGCUCAUCUUUCACCAGUUUCGGGUCUAUAUGGAAUUAUCAUUGGAGCAUGUGUUUAUUCCAUCUUGGGAUGUGUUCCUGUCUUGAUCGUGGGGCCUCUGCCGUCUACGGCUUUGAUCUAUGGAGAAGCCAUUGAAGCUAUAAGACAACUUCCAAAUUUUGCAGAACUUUCUAAAUUGCAAAUCUCGUCUGCAAUUUCCGCAGCCAUGAGUGGCUUAUUACUCGGAGCUGGUAUAUUUCGUAUGGGGUUCUUGGAUAACGUUCUAUCGAGGGCUUUAUUGAAAGGUUUUAUUGCAGCAAUAGGUUUCAUUAUGAUCAUCAACGAAUUAUCAACCGAGUUAGGUAUUGGUGAUUUGAUAUUAGACAAUCCAUAUCUGACGACUUUCGACAAACUCAUGUUUGUUUGUAAGUAUGCCCGUCAAUCUCACAUAUUCACCUUGCUAGUAUCAUGUAUCACGUUGGGCCUAGUUCUAAGCAUUAGAAAACUCAAGAACACAUUAGUAAAUAAGUAUCACAUGAGACAUGCGGUUCUCAUUCCUGAGCUUUUCUUAAUGGUCCUGGUUGCAACUUACCUCAGUUGGAGGUUUCAAUGGCAUUCAGAAUAUGGGGUUGAGAUAAUCGGUAACAUCCAGUCUUCUACUCCUGACUCGAAAUCUAUGGUUGAAUUCAUCAAUCCUUUUAAGCCAUCUUUAAUUCCAUUAUAUAAAAAAGCAUUUUCAGCUUCAUUUUUAUGUACUAUAUUGGGCUACUUCGAUUCCACUACAGCUACAAAGGCACUCGGAGCAAAAUACAACUAUAACGUUUCAUCGAAUAGAGAAUUAAUUGCAUUAGGAGCUACUAAUUUUGUGGUAAGUUUGGUAGGAGGAAUACCAGCAUUUGGUACUUUUGGCAGAUCAAAGAUUAAUAUUUUGUCGGGUGCUAAUACUCAAAUGGCUAGUAUAAUGAUGUCCAUAGCAACCGUCUUGGUAAUCAUAUAUCUAUUGCCCUUACUCUAUAAUUUACCCAAAUGUGUUUUAGCAUUGAGUACUACAAUCAUCGGUAUAACGGUAUUGGAAGAAGCUCCCUCUGAUUUAAAAUUCUUCUGGAACAUCGGCGGAUAUGAUGAAAUACUCACAUUUUUAUUUAUUUUCUGCACCACAAUUCUAUGGAAUGCUGAAGCUGGUGUUUUAUCUGGUGCUGCAUUUGCAAUCAUUAGAAUUAUUAAGCAUAGUACCAGAUCCCGAAUUCAAAUAUUGGGUAGAGUUCCAAACACCACAGUGUUCCGUAAUGCAGACGAAUUAAUAGAAGAAAGCUUUGUAACAUAUGCUAAUGGUUCCGACCCGGUGAACCAAGAAGAAACAAGUAGCGACAUAGAGGACUCUACUGACAAAUUGAUGAACUUGAUAGCCGAAAUCGAGGAAAUCGAAGGGGUUCUUGUGAUCAAAAUUCCCGAACCACUUAAUUUUGCAAACGUGGGAGACUUGAAAAACAGGCUAAAUAGAAUAGAAAAAUACGGUUCUCUUUUGAUUCAUCCUUCGCAACCCACAAGGCGAGACUUCAACAAUACGACUAUCAAGUUCAUUAUUUUUGAUUGCAAAGGUAUGAAUGCAAUCGACUCGUCUGCUACCCAAAUUCUAUACGAAAUCAUUAGAAAAUACAUCGAGGUUAACGAAAUCUCCGUAUGUUUUUCAAGAGUAGCAAUGAGUAAGGAUAUUCGUCAUAAGUUUAAAAAGCUGGGGAUAAUUGAUCUAGUUAAUAAUAGUUAUAAAACCUACGAAAAUUCAAAUAACGUACGCAGCAAAUCUGCUGGAUCUGAAAACGGAAGUUCUACUAAUUUAUAUUCGUAUGGAACAUCUUCUGGUAUGGAAGACGGUUUCUUCCUUAGCAUAGACGAGGCCAUAAAGGCAUUCGGCUCACAAAAUGUUUAG